UCCCCUGGCCGUAGGAUGGGUCCCGAUUCAUACCCCUCCAUCCGCCGUCCGCUGCUCCAGGCGCGCGGUUCAGGCCUGUCCACGUCACGGAGCUGCAUCUACCGUCUCCCAGCCACAGAAGAUCGCACCCUUGCCUAUAAAUUGCACCCAUCUUCUGUUCCCUUCCCCGCGCCCCUCUCUGAUCUCCUGCUCCUUUCUAACGCACCCAUCCCAAUGGCCCAGGCUAUGGCUGCCGCCUCCGAGCUCGUCAGCCUCAAGCGCCCGUUCCAGAACGACGGCUUCGCCGACGAGAACGGAAGCGCCGACGAGAAACCGAGGGCGCACCGCCGGGACCGGGAGGCGGACCCGGCAGCGGCGAUGGCCGCGGCGCGGCACGAGUUCGGCGAGCACGGCGGCGUGAACAUGUCCAUCGAGGCGUCGGCGACGUUCACGGUGAUGGAGCCGGACACCAUGCGCCGGCUCUUCGCCGGCGAGCUGGGACCCGACCGCGGCGACAUGUACAUCUACAGCCGGCACUUCAACCCCACGGUGCUGGCGCUGGGUCGCCAGAUGGCGGCGCUGGAGGGCACGGAGGCCGCGUACUGCACGGCCUCCGGCAUGUCGGCCAUCUCGUCCGUGCUGAUGCAGCUCGUGGGCGCCGGCGGGCACGUUGUGGCGUCGCGGUGCCUUUACGGGGGCACCCACGCGCUGUUGUCCCGGUUCCUGCCCCGGGCCGCAGGGGUGCGCGCGACGUUCGUGGACGCGGACGACGAGUCGGCCGUGCGCGCCGCGGUGGUGCCCGGGGAGACGCGGGUGGUGUACGUGGAGACGGUGUCGAACCCGACGCUGGCCGUUGCGGACAUCCCGAUGCUGGCGCGGGUGGCGCACGAAGCCGGGGCUAAGCUGGUGGUGGACAACACGUUCACCCCCGUGAUCGUCUCCCCCGCGCGGCUCGGCGCCGACGUCGUCGUCCACAGCGUGUCCAAGUUCAUCAGCGGCGGCGGCGACAUCAUUGCCGGCGCGAUCUGCGGGCCGGCGAGCCUGGUGAACGCGAUGAUGGACCUGCAGGAGGGGGCGCUGAUGCUGCUGGGCCCGACCAUGAACGCCAAGGUGGCGUUCGAGCUGUCGGAGCGCCUCCCGCACCUGCCGCUGCGGAUGCAGGAGCACUCGCGCCGCGCCAUGGCGUACGCGACCCGGAUGCAGCGGCUGGGCCUGCGCGUCGCGUACCCGGGCCUCCCCGACCACCCGCACCACGCGCGACUGGCGGCCAUGGGCAACCCCGGGUACGGCUUCGGCGGCAUGCUCUGCGUCGACAUGGGCACCGAGGACCGCGCCAACCGCCUCAUGCACCACCUCCAGAACACCACCCAGUUCGGGCUCAUGGCCGUCAGCCUCGGCUACUACGAGACGCUCAUGUCCUGCUCUGGCAACAGCACCAGCAGCGAGAUGCCGCCCGAGGACCGCGCCCGGGCCGGCAUCUCCCCGGGGCUCGUCCGCAUGUCCGUCGGCUACAACGGCACGCUCGAGCAGCGCUGGGCGCAGUUCGAGCGCGCGCUCGCGCUCAUGCAGCCGCCGCCGCACCACAAGGGCGCCGACCGCGACGCCGACGCCGGCAACAAUCACUGACGCUUGCGCUUCCAAGUGUGGCACCGUGCGUGGCAACUAUGCUUUCUUGCUUGUGGUGUAUAUACGGCUACCCAUCUAAUUAAGGUUAAGCACCGUCUGAUCCCUCUGCUUCAGAUGGACGCCAAUGUAAGCCGCUUGAUCUCUGGGGAACUUGGAAACGAAUCUGAAUAAGUGCGUCUUAAAGUCUGGUUA